AUGGGUGUAGUUGAAGCAGUCAUCAGUCUUGCUGCUAACAAUCAAUCACUGCUGAUUGCUGCUGUACUGCUGUUGGUUUUUGUGGCUACCAUAUACUCAUUUUUCUCUGGCGGACAGAAAGGUAUAAACCCGCUACAGUAUGACCACAGGAGAGCUCCGGAACCGUUUGUUCAUGACACCAAACUCCGGGAUGUUGUACUCAGGGAGAGAUUCAAACCCACGAAAGUGCCCGACAACCUGGACGCUAUCAUCAUCGGCAGCGGGGCUGGAGGACUUUCGGCGGGAGUCCUGCUGACGUUUGCUGGCCUGAAAGUCCUGGUCCUGGAGCAGCACGACCAGGCUGGUGGAUGUUGUCAUACCUUUGUGGAGAAAGGGUUCGAGUUCGACACCGGGGUCCACUACGUCGGAGACAUCGAAGAAGGUGACGUUCCCCGGAUCCUCGUUGAUCAGGUGACCUGCGGCCAACUGAGGUGGGCCAAAAUGGACGACGCCUUUGAUAUUGUGGCAGUUGGGAAAUCUUCUAACGCCAAACUGUUCCCCAUGAAGUCCGGAGAGGAUAGAUACUAUCAAAAUCUGGUGACACAGUUUCCUCAGGAGAAAGCGGCCAUCAUGGCUUACGCUGACCUGAUCAAGGACACGCAGGACUGCCUGUUAGGGUUUAUCGCCCUCAAGAUGAUGCCCUGGUGGCUGGUCGAUGUUUUCGUCACAACAGGAUUGUACCGCUGGGUUCUCAAAUGCUACAGGAGAGGCUACGCCAGUACCAGUCUCCAAAAUGUCCUCGAUAAACUCACAGACAACAAAAAGCUGAAACUAAUCCUCUCUUACCUCUGCUCGGAUUAUGGAGUUCUUCCAAAGGAUGUGUCCUUCUUCCUGCACGCGAUCCUGGUCAACCAUUUCCGCUUCGGCGCCUACUACCCGACUAAUGGAACCUCGGAGAUCCCUUUUCACAUGAUCCAGACCAUACAGAGGGCAGGCGGAAAGGUGCUGGUUCAGGCGUCGGUGACGAAGAUUCUGUGUGAUUCCGUGGGUAGAGCAGUCGGAGUUCGAGUCGGCAAAAGUGAAUGUGAGAUACGAGCCAAGUACAUUAUUUCUGACGCCGGAGUCACCAACACGUUCAAGAAGUUGCUUCCGGAAAAUGUUGCUAGACAAUCUAGUAUCUACCCUUUGAUUGAUCAAGUCGGCCCCAGUUACGCUUUCCUCAGUACGUUCAUUGGCGUAGAGGGUAGCACCCGGGAUUUGAACCUUCCAGCCAGCAACAUCUGGUACUACAACGCGGAGGACAUCAACCAAUCACUAGGCGACUACUUGAAGGUCAAGGCUGAAGAGGUCGAGGACACGAACAUCCCCUUCUCAUUCAUCGCUUUCCCCUCUGCCAAAGAUCCAGAAUAUGAGACCAAGUUUCCAGGGAAAAGUUCAGCACUGGUAAUAACGCUAGCCAACUGGGAGUGGUUCAAGGAGUGGAAGGACGAGAAGGUUCGACACCGUGGGGAUCGCUAUGAAGGGAUCAAGGACGCCCUUGGCAGACAGAUGUGGCAGCAGUGUGUGGAUCUGUUCCCUCAGCUGGAGGGCCGGAAGGUCUACAUGGAGGUGGGGACACCGGUAACCAACCAGCACUACCUGGCCUACCCACACGGGGAGAUGUACGGACUGGACCAGGGACUGACCAGAUACACACCUGAGGUGGCUCGCAAGCUUCGUCCAGCCACGGACAUCAAAGGCUUAUACCUCACAGGACAAGACACCCUGUUUGGGGGCAUGAUCCCAGCAGUGCUGACCGGAAUGAUGUGUGCCUCGCAAAUCUUAAACAGAAACAUCCUCAACGACGUGCUGCAGCUGAAGAAGCAGAUUGGGGAAACCAACUCUCUUCCCCCAACAAGGUCCUUCAAGACUUCACAAUAA